AUGCCGCCAGCCUAUUACCCCGAACACAUCGAUUACGCUCGUCAAGGCAUAGAAACUCCUGGGACCCGUAGAGAUGGACAGACUGGUAUCUGGAAAGGAGGCAAGCCAGCGAACGCAUCGCACAGCGCCGAUAAUGACCACGCUUGUGCAGGUAUCUUCGACCCCGCCGAUUUGAAAGACUCGAAAGAGCCCCAGGAUCUCUCUAGACUGCUCGACGACUCGGCUUCUCGAUACCCGCAAAGAGUGCUUUUUCAGCGUCGGUCGCUCCAUCCGUCAUCCACUCCUUCAACAUUGGUAUACAGCAAUUCUAUCAUCGAGACUACUUAUGCCGAGGUCCAGUCUCGCCGCGACGCUUUUGGCUCUGGCCUUCUCGCCCUUGAACGCGAGGGCCAGCUCACCUCUUCGACUUCUCUAGAGGCAAGUCCUGUGGAGAUCAAGCAUACCGGUGUACCAUUCUAUGGUGAUGAUAACAGAAAGAAAGGAAGAGCCAGAAGAGGGUGGGCGGUAGGCUUGUGGAGUGGUAACAGAGAAGAGUGGCAGGUCGUAGAUCAGGCAUGUCAGGCAUAUGGACUUGUCGCAGUUGCCUUGUAUGCAACACUGGGUCCACAGGUCGCUCGAUACAUCACCAAUCAUUGUCCCCUAUCUUUGAUUGUUGCAUCAGGCGACCACCUGCCCGCCCUGCUAAAGAUUGCUCCUCACUGCCCUACUCUUCGUGUCAUCGUCACCAUGGACGCCUUUCCUCCUUCUGAAUGGGAAAUAAUUCAACAAUGGGCUCACUCAAUCAACAUCAAGCUUUAUACCUUCAAUGACGUCGAAGCAAGAGGUAGAGCUGACCUUCUCUCCCCGGGACCAGAACCGGGCGAGGAAGAUAUCAGCAAGAACAGAGUAGUGGCUAUCAGCUACACCAGUGGUACCACAGGCGACCCCAAAGGUGUCGUCAUCACAAGCUCCAACCUCCUAUACGCGACCUUGUCCAUAGCCGCCGGCUAUAGCGACCGCUUGAAGGGCAUUCAUUGGAAGCUGCUCUCUUUCCUACCUCUCGGCCACAUCUAUGAGCGUGUCCUUGAGAGUGUGGCGCUAUACUAUGGCGCGACUAUCGCUUUCUCUCAGUGCGAUCCCGCCAAGUUCCUGGAAGAUGCUCAGUUCUUCAAGCCCCAUAUGCUUCCCGGUGUACCCAGAAUGUGGAACAGGAUCAGCAGCGCCAUCACAGACCAGAUGAAAGCCCCGGGUCUCAAAGGCGCUCUUUUGAGGAAGGCAGUGGCCACCAAGCUAGCCGACUGGGAAGAGACCGGCCAGGUUACUCAUACGGUCUAUGAUGCUCUCGUCUUCCGUAAAAUCAAGGCUCUCGCCGGCGGUGAAGUCAUAUUCAUGACCACAGGCUCUGCCCCUCUCCGUCCCGAUGUACAUGCGCUACUGAAAGUAUGCUUCUGUGCCGACUUUGUGCAAGGGGUGAUACCAUCCAAGCCUGAUCUGACCACUUUUGUUCACAGUAUACCCAACGACAAGACAUCCCUUGGAACUUGCGGAUUUCUCGCGUCCUGUAAUGAGGCGAAGCUUGUGGAUGUCCCGGACAUGAACUACCACGCCACUGACCAGCCCAAUCCUCGUGGAGAACUUUGCAUGAGAGGCUAUAACGUCUCCCCUGGAUAUCUUCACAAUGAAAAGGCUACUGCAGAGGCAAUUGACGACGAAGGGUGGUUCCAUACCGGGGACAUCGGCGAGUUUGACGCUUGUGGUCGAUUGAAGAUCAUCGACCGUCUCAAGAACGUCAUCAAACUCAGUCAAGGGCAAUACGUGGCUCUCGAGAAACUCGAAGGUCUGUAUGCCUCCAACCCCCUCUUCGCCUCAUUGCUAGUCCACGGUGACUCUACACGCUCUCACCUUAUCGCUCUUGCCGUCCUCGACCCCGAACAGGCGUCGAAACUUGUUUGGAAAGUGUUGAAGAAGGGUGUCAGAGCGGAGGAUGUCAAGCAGUUGGAAAUGGCGGUGAAAGAGAAUGAGGUGAGGAAGGUAGUACUGAGGCAGCUGGCAAAAGUGGCAGCAAAGAACGGUCUGAACGGAUUUGAGAUGAUCAAGGGCUUGCAUCUGACUGUCCGACCUUUUCCAGACGAGAUUCUCACUCCUACUUUCAAGGUCAAGCGCAACAUUGCCGCUAAAGUCUUCAGAGACGUCAUCGAAGAGGUCUACAGCAGGGGUGAAGGGGAGGUGAAAGAGCCUCUUGCGCCUUUGCCGAGAGUGUCUCGAGGUUGA